CAGCAGCAGCAGCUAUGUUCCACUUCUUCCGAAAGCCUGCAGAAUCCAAAAAGCCCUCUGUACCAGAGACGGAAGCAGAUGGAUUUGUCCUCUUAGGAGAUACAACAAAUGAAACGAGAUGUAAAACUUCCGAAGCAGAAGGCAGCCAGUCUUUAGAGAUCACUGCCUUAUCCAGUCAUCAUCAGAGAGGCUUCCUUCAGCAGCAGAUGGCAACAGAUACAGAGCCACAUAUCCAGACCGGCAAAGAAGACACAUCCAAUGUGACUGUAUCAGACCCCGAGGCAGGAAAUCAGACAGGCCAGACUCUGGAGAGCAACUCACUAACAGCUGAGCUCCUAAGUGACGUACCCUUCACCCUGGCCCCACAUGUGCUGGCAGUGCAGGGCACCAUCAGCGACCUUCCUGACUACUUACUUUCGUACGAUGUUGGUGACAACUUGUCCCGAUUCUGGUAUGAUUUCACUCUUGAAAAUUCAGUGCUCUGUGAUUCUUCAUAGUCUCUGUGUCUAUUUCGUACUUUAACAGCUUUAGAGGAAAAGUUUUCCUAGUUUAUUGAACCUGUUUGAUGUUCUUUGUCAUUUUACUCUUGAAGACCUUGAGGCAAGCAAAGAUCAUAAAAGAAAUAAAAUGGUGUCAUGUUCAUAGUUUUAUUCUGAAGAAUAAAAUAAAUUUAUAUAAAAAUUGAAACCAAAAAUUUAAUGAAUGGAACGGACUUUGGAAAAAAUAUGAAUUCAGAC